AAUACUGGGCUACUAUACGUCUAGCUAGAUAGAAGUAGCCUCUUAUCACUAUAGAUACAGGCACACAGUAGUUGUGUUAUCUGUCCGCUCGCUCUAAACAGCAUCUGUAAGUCGUGCGUGUGGCUUCCCUUACCGAUUCGCUCACGCGCGCGUGCCCGUCAGCUGAUAGCUCUGCCCCCUCCCCGUUUGUAAAACCAGGAAUAUCAGCAAAGUAAAAUAGUACAAGACGAAAAUGGGAGGGAAGGCGUUACUGUGUAUAUGUAUCUGUGUAGGGAGCAGUAGUGGAGUCUACUUCACUCUGUCCUCACAGAGUGCGUAGUUUUACAUCGUCCCUGGCGCUAGUGAAUGGGCUGGGCAACAAGUCUGGUCCGGGACAGGAAAUACGUUCUAUAGUUAUGUUCCAACGUGGAACGGGAUGCACCAAAAAGUAAACACCGUACUGCGCAUGUGUGUGUAUACAAACAGAGGAACAGUUAUCCAUGGCUGGCUCCUAUCUCCAACACGUUGAGCGACCAUGUUGGAUGACUGACAAGAAUUUCGUUAUACCAAUGCCAACACUUUGUCUGAAAUUGUGCUUCACGGUUCCAAAGGAAGGACUAAUCAAGGAUACUAGUCCUAUCUUGUGAAAAAGGUGAUAUCGUCUAUCGAUUGGUUGUUAGUAAUAAUAGAAAUGGAGCUUUAACGAAAUGACGUCAAUAUAACUACAACAAAGACUCAUUCUGAUGUAUACGUCAUCGAGUUUAUUAAUAUUAUCACCAUCACGAGACCAGAGAAGCUGCCUCGCUAUAGACUUGUGUAUGCUUGUUAGACGGAUUAAGUGAAAGCAAAAUGCCAAAUAAAAUCAACGUUGACGAGGAUUACUUCCUUUUGGAAGCCGUUAAAGCUGGAAAAGAGAGUCAAGUUCGCUCCAUUUUAUCUAACAGUUGUUACCGAAAUAUAGACUAUGUGGACUGUAGAGGGCGCACUGCACUACACUGGGCGACGGAGUAUGGCUACAAAAAUAUAAUAAGUCUCUUGUUGGACUCAAAAUGGAGUGCUGACCUGCCUGACAACAAGGGUCAAACGCCAUUACAUAUCGCGUGCAACCAUCAUAAGACAGACAUAGCAACGUGGCUGAUAGGGUUGGGAUGUGACGUCAACGCGAAAGAUGACGCGGGGAACGCGGUGCUACAACGCGCCAUACACAACAAUUUAGAGUCCGUUGUGCAUCUACUAUGUAAACUAGACGUUGGAAUCAACUCCAAGAACAAAAAUGACUGGUCUCCUCUACACGAAGCCAUUCGGAUAGGUAACAAGGAUAUUGUAAGACUGCUAAUCAGCAGGGGUGCUGACGUCAACGCGUUAACACAAUACAAAGCCACACCCUUUUCAACUGCCAUUUUCUAUUAUCGAAUCGCACAGAAGAAUUCGUACGGUUCCUUGGACUCGAUAGGUCGGACGCUAGUUCUGAAUGGCGGACGGCUGAGUCAGUCUGAUGGUCAGUGGUCUCCUCUUCUCUCAUGUAUUUCGAUAGGCAACAGUUACAUUGCCGGGAUGCUCCUGUACCACGGGUGUCGAGUGGACGAUCAUGGUCAGUAUGGCCGUAGUCUUCUCGUGGACGCCUUCACACGAUGUGACACAAAUGUGGUCAAACUGUUGGUAACCUGUGGUUAUAGGCUAACCAUUGAGGAAGUUGAACAGUGCACACGACGUAUCCCAACAUUCUCAAGGUCAUUCAGAAGACUAGCAUUCUCAGGUCAUGCCACGGGAACAAAUGGUGUCAAAAUGAUCGUGUGGCUAAGAGAGCGGGUACACAACUGUUUCUCGUUACAGGAACUAGCGCGCAUGACAAUCCGGAAGUCGCUGAAUUUAGGAUCCGGAGACAGAUCGAUUUUGGACAAUAUUCAGAAACUGAUCCUACCAAGAGUUAUCAAGGAAUAUGUUGCAAUAGACGAAAUAGAAAACGUAUAUUGAGUAAAUGACAUGUGUAGCGAACGCAUAUUAACCUCUAAUGAGGUGGAUACUCAUUGUGGCUAACCUCCAGAAAUUAUUCCGUGUGGUUAUAUAAAAGCUCAUUCGGUUAUCUUGACAAAUUAAAUAUCAUUUAAAGUGUUAUUCCACACCACACAAGGAUGGAAUGGAUAUGUGUUGUCUCUAUAUCGAGAUGUUUCGUUUCGUAAUUUGGUAAGAAACUUUUAUCAAAUUUAUAUCAGGUGCUCAUGAUUGGGUUGUGCAAUACCGCCGCUUCAGCAUUGCUCAGAGUAUAGCUAGCGUGUACAGACAUUAAAACUGGUAUAAAUUGAGGCCAUGUUAACAAAUUUAAUAUUUGAUUUUGGACCGGAAAUGAACUGCAUGUGGAAUCGAUAAGAACCCCCUCGGCUACGUACUUGAAGCGAUGUGUGACGUGUACAUCGACGUAGGCCUCUGUCUGUUUGAUUAUCUGAUAUCGCGUUGCCAAGGUAAAUAUCGUGUAGGCCUGUAAAAUAUAACUAAAGUAUCGUAACAUGCCUUUUGAGCAUAUGUCACUAGGCCAACCAGAUAAAAAUACUCAAUGUGCACACGUAGUAGUAUGUUUUAUGUUAUAAAAAGUAUCUGGCGUCGGAAGCCAUGAAAAUAAACACGGCAUGUCAGCGGCCUAAGUAGCCUAUUUAGAUGCCUGAUUUGAAACCCCAACAAGUUUAUUAGACCCAGAGUUUGAAAAAAAAACAAAAAAUCCCCGUCCAAUUAGCGCGUGUGAUGCAGGUGCUUUGUGUGUUGGUGAUUAUUGUGUGCAUGUGUACGUUUUUAUGUCUCGUCUGGUGAGGAUCCACAGACAUUUGUUGAAAUUCCAAUCAUUGUAAUGUGUUUAUAUUCCAGUAACUUAUUUAUAACUUAUAUAAAACCUUGUCUUCCAAACCAAUCUGAAGGACUGAAAAAUAUCCAUGUACCAGUUUUGUUGCAGCAAGAUCCGGUUCGGCCUUAAAUAAACUUCACAAGAACUUUACAA